AUGUCAAAAUUAACCUGGACUACUUGGGAAUGGCGAAACGUAGCCCUGGGAUCCUGCCAUGAACAGUGCAUGAAGAACAGAGGAGAUAUUUCGGCUUAUCAGAGAUGAUGUGGAGAGACACUUUAUCUCUGGUGGAAGAGGAGGAUCCUCAUAUGAAAGUAUCUCUGGGUAGCAGCGAUAUGGGCGUGUCUGCCCAUCUACAGUCUUCGAAGACAGGGACCACAAGAUUUUUCACCAGCAAUACUCACAGUUCUGUGGUAUUACAGGGUUUUGACCAGCUGCGAGUGGAAGGUUUGCUUUGUGAUGUGACGCUUGUUCCAGGAGAUGGUGACGAAGUGUUUCCCGUUCACAGAGCAAUGAUGGCUUCUGCGAGUGAUUACUUCAAGGCUAUGUUCACAGGAGGAAUGAAGGAACAGGAUUUAAUGUGCAUUAAGCUUCAUGGUGUAAACAAAAUAGGCCUAAAGAAGAUCAUUGAUUUCAUUUAUACUGCAAAACUUUCCCUUAACAUGGACAACCUUCAGGACACUCUGGAAGCUGCCAGUUUUUUGCAGAUUUUACCUGUUUUGGACUUCUGUAAAGUGUUUCUUAUCUCUGGGGUUUCGUUGGAAAACUGUGUUGAGGUUGGGCGAAUUGCCAACACAUACAAUCUCACGGAAGUGGAUAAAUAUGUUAAUAAUUUCAUCUUGAAGAACUUCCCCGCAUUACUAAGUACAGGUGAAUUUGUGAAACUCCCCUUUGAACGUCUUGCCUUUGUGCUUUCAAGUAAUAGCCUUAAGCACUGCACUGAACUUGAACUCUUCAAGGCGGCUUGUCGCUGGCUGCGGUAUGAGGAGCCUCGGAUGGAGUACGCUGCUAAGCUGAUGAAGAACAUCAGGUUUCCACUGAUGACGCCCCAGGAUCUUAUUAACUAUGUUCAAACAGUGGACUUCAUGAGAACUGACAAUACCUGUGUAAACUUGCUUUUGGAAGCCAGCAAUUACCAAAUGAUGCCGUACAUGCAGCCGGUUAUGCAGUCGGAGAGAACUGCCAUUCGGUCAGACAGCACUCACUUGGUGACGUUGGGGGGAGUGCUGAGGCAGCAGCUGGUUGUCAGCAAAGAGUUACGGAUGUAUGAUGAAAAGGCCCACGAAUGGAAAUCCUUAGCUCCCAUGGAUGCACCAAGGUACCAGCACGGCAUCGCUGUGAUUGGAAACUUUCUUUAUGUAGUUGGGGGCCAGAGCAAUUACGACACAAAAGGAAAGACGGCGGUUGACACGGUCUUCAGGUUUGAUCCUCGCUACAACAAGUGGAUGCAAGUCGCUUCUUUAAAUGAGAAGCGCACCUUCUUCCACCUAAGUGCCCUCAAAGGACAUUUGUACGCAGUCGGUGGUCGAAAUGCAGCGGGUGAGCUAGCCACUGUGGAAUGUUACAAUCCCAGGAUGAAUGAAUGGAGCUAUGUCGCAAAAAUGAAUGAACCCCACUAUGGUCAUGCUGGAACCGUGUAUGGGGGAUUAAUGUAUAUUUCAGGGGGAAUUACCCAUGAUACUUUCCAAAAGGAACUUAUGUGUUUUGACCCUGACACAGACAAAUGGACUCAGAAAGCUCCGAUGACGACAGUCAGAGGUCUGCAUUGCAUGUGUACUGUAGGAGACAAGCUAUAUGUUAUUGGUGGAAACCACUUUAGAGGCACGAGUGAUUAUGAUGAUGUUCUAAGCUGUGAAUAUUACUCACCAACUCUAGACCAGUGGACUCCAAUUGCUGCCAUGUUACGUGGGCAAAGUGAUGUUGGGGUUGCUGUCUUUGAAAAUAAAAUCUAUGUUGUUGGAGGAUAUUCUUGGAAUAAUCGGUGUAUGGUGGAAAUAGUUCAGAAAUAUGAUCCAGAAAAAGAUGAGUGGCAUAAAGUAUUUGACCUUCCAGAAUCACUUGGUGGCAUUCGAGCCUGCACUCUUACUGUUUUCCCACCAGAGGACAAUACAGGGUCACCAUCCAGAGAAUCUCCUCUUUCAGCACCUUAGAAACAUCCCUUGACUUAUCAUGUUGUAGUAACACCUUUGCACUGCAUCAUGGAGUCUAUUAUUUUUCUUCAGUAGUUUCUGUUAGGCUUAGCCUACAGCAUUUCAUACAAUUACUGGAAAAAAAAGAGACUUUGACGUUAUUUGUGCUGUUUGUUUGGCCUAGAAUGUUUGUCAAGUGGUUAACAAAAAAAGAUGUACUCACCCGAGCCAAAUGUUUAACAAAUGAGAAGAUAUUGUCUAUAAAAUGUAUGAACUAGGUACGUUAUUAAUGUUGUGUAUUGGGUGUGAGGUACCUUAUAGCUUACAUUUGGAAGCCCAAUGAGUCAAAUUUGAAGACUUGAACACAUUUUUUCACUAAAUUUCAUAGGUGAAAUCCUUUUUCCUUUCAAUUUUGACUGCCGAUUACAAGGGGAGGUAGACCACUUCAAUGUGAACUAUGACAGAAGGUUGCCAAGGGGCCUGAGCUACCUCCCUCUCUUUGCAGAGUAUUUUUGACAUAUCUGUUUACCCACCUGACUUUGUGGGUGCUUUCAGAGCAUAUGAAGUUUCUUAGUCAGAGGGGAGAAAUAAAAUAAUUUUAAAAUAUUAGCACUAUAAAGGAAGCGGACCUUGCAGAGGCCGGGAGUUUUUUAUAACAUAUAUCAAGUGUUUUUCCUGAGUCAGUUGAUGAUGCUUCAAACAAGAUUUAAAAUAUUUGGGGUUUUUAAUUUGGGUUUUUUCAGGAAUUGGCUUCCGCUUGCAUGGGAGCACACACUAUUAACAAAUGGGAAUUCAGUGCGGUUGUAUAUUCUGUUAUAUGCCUGUACUGAAUAUAGGUAGAUAAGGGCUAGAAACAUUACCUUAAGCCACUGAAUUUGACCAAAUCGUUCCAUCAGAUCAAAUUUAAUCUACCUUUUCUCCUUUGCUGUUGAGAUAACUUGCAUAUUGUGUCCUCUGUAUAGUCUCAGUUAAUAAGGUUAUUUAGCACAAAGUGCAGCUUCAGCGAGAGAGCUGCUUUUGCUCAGUGAACUUGGACUACCACAUUUUACCUUCUUUUGUUCAAUAAAACUUUUAACUGCAGUUAUUCAGUCUAAGCUACCUCAUUAAUGUAUUUGGUUUUCUUCCUCUGCCUCACUGUCUUCAGGAUACACAUUACGUAUAUCUGUGUGGGUAGUUUCAUUUACUGGGAAACCAAUGCAGAAGUGAUCGUGAAUGGGUGUGUUUGACCUACUUCUAAGAAACUGUUUUGGCCUGAUGUGUUCAUUUUAUUGUUAAGGACUGACAAAAAGAGCGAACUGUCUUAAUUUUUUUUUCCUUGGAGAACUACUGCUUAUGUGUGCAGCCAUGCAAAUUUACAGAAAUCUUGAUCUGCUCCAAAAUACAGUGAACUACUGACAAAUUACAGCUCUGAGUGCUUAUAGAAGGCUAAUAUUAUUGUUCUCGUUCCAAACUUCCCAUUGUAUGUUACAAGUGGUUUUGCUAAUGAACACAGUCAGAGGGGCAUCAUCUGGGGAAAAAGUGUUUAAAUCAGACUAUUGUGCUACCUAAUACCAAUACCCGUGUAAAGCUUAAUAGCCUUGAGAGUAUGCUAUGUGUAUUUGGUCCCUGCUUGAUGAAUCAAGCAGCUGUAUUACUAUGGUGUCAGUUUUGGAAGUACUGAUAUUUAAUCUUUAUGCAGUUUAUUAGUAAUAAUCACUACCAAAAUGUAUGUGUAAGCUUUCAUAAUUGUUUUGGUUAAAAUCAAAAGCAAUUCUUCCUCUUCUUUAAAAAAAAAAAAAAAAAAA